CUGCGGCGAUCGAGCUUGAGAGGCCUCCAGAUCCCGGGGGAAGCGGAGCGACUUGUAGCGAAGCUCUUCGCGGACGAUACCACGGUAUACUUAAGCGGCGAAGACGACUACGGAGAAAUGCUGCGUGUAACGACGAGGUGGUGCCGAGCGUCCAGGGCGAGGUUUAACCGAGAAAAAACUGAGAUAUUACCGAUUGGGACGGAGGCCUACAGGAGAGAGGUCCUAACUACGCGCAAGCUGUGCGCAGGGACUGACGAGAUCCCUGCCACAGCACAUAUCGUCCGCGACGGCCAGGCGAUCCGGUCCCUGGGCGCGUGGAUAGGUAAUGGCAUAGACCUGGAAGCCCCGUGGGAGCCGGUGAUCAAAACGAUUGAAACAAACCUCGCUAAAUGGAAACGUGGGAGGCCCACCAUGAAUGGCCGCAAACUGGCAGUGGCGAUUGAAGUAGCGGGACGAACGCAAUUCCGCGCAGCGGUCCAGACCAUGCCGGCCAGCGUCGAACAGAGGCUGACGAAAAUCGUGGCGGACUUCACAUGGAACGGAGAUGCGCGCCCGUGCAUAGCUAGAGACCAGCUCUACCUCCCUGUGCCGCGUGGCGGCCUGAAGCUCCUAAACAUGAAAGCACGGAAUGAGGCGAUCGCGAUUAUGUGGCUCAAAACGUACCUUGCGGUGGGACUGAGACGCCCC